CGAUCCCCUCUGAUCUUGCUUUAGUCUGUGUGGCCAUGCAACCACCCAAGUUCUCUCCACCUUGGGACUUUUGAUUCUCGAGGCUAGGAGAUUUCUGGUGUCUGCUUAUCCCUGCUUGAUUAUCAUGUUCUGGUUUCCCUAACCCGCCCACAUUUCUUUUGCUUGUUUGAGGACUGCGGAAUGAUUUGCGCCCAUAUCUAGAGCAACGCGGUCGAGAGAGUCGACAAUGGUUGACAGCACCAGUGCCCCCUCUGGUGGUACAGGCUCGAGUCUGGCUCGAGCCCUGGUGAUUGUCGCUGGUGUUUCUUCGCUUGUGGCAUCACUGCUGUCUUUUGUAUCGAUAUGGCUUCAGACCAAAAAUUAUCGAAAGCCGCUACUCCAGCGAUAUGUCGUCCGUAUAUUGUUGAUGGUUCCCAUAUAUGCGGCAUCAUCCUGGACCAGUAUCAUAUCGCUGAAGGCUUCCCUAUUCUUGGAUCCCGUUCGUGAUGUUUACGAGGCAUUCACAAUCUACACUUUUUUCCAGCUACUUAUCAACUUCCUCGGAGGCGAAAGAGCUGUGAUUAUAAUGACUCAUGGCCGUCCACCUGUUCAACAUGCUUGGCCUCUAAAUCAUUUGCUUCCCAAGGUUGAUAUUUCCGACCCACAUACAUUUCUAGCUAUCAAACGAGGAAUCCUACAAUAUACAUGGUUGAAGCCAAUACUAGCCAUGAUCUCUAUCAUCAUGAAAGCAACCGAUACCUACCAAGAAGGCUAUCUGGGGCUUACAUCCGGUUAUCUCUGGACCGGACUUGUGUAUAAUAUCAGUGUUACUCUAUGUCUUUAUGCUCUUGCCUUGUUUUGGGUUUGUCUACACGACGACUUGGCUCCAUUUCGACCCGUUCCCAAAUUCCUUUGCGUUAAGCUUAUCAUCUUUGCUUCCUACUGGCAAGGCUUCUUUUUGUCUAUUUUGCAAUGGCUUGGAGCAUUAUCAAACGGAGUUGCGGGUUAUACACCUGACAACCUUGCGGCCGCUAUUCAGGACACCUUAAUUUGCUUUGAAAUGCCCAUCUUUGCAAUCUCACAUUGGCACGGCUUCUCUUGGCAUGAUUAUGCAGACCCGACAAUUUCUGCGGCUCGGUUGCCUGUGAUCUACGCUCUCCGCGAUGCUUUCGGGAUCCGAGAUCUCGUUGAAGAUACAAAGAUGACUCUCCGGGGUGAAAACUACGAAUACAGGCUAUUUGACUCCGGUGACAACAUCAUACCACACGCUGAGUCCAAGUCCCGGGUGAACCGGGUGAUGGAUGGCAUGAGAUAUGAGCGAGGAGGAAAAGGAAAAUAUUGGAUUCCGAAGCCAGGCGAAGUGAACAGCCGAACCCCCCUGCUUUCUGGAGGGGAAUCGAGUCGCCGCGACAGGAGAAGCAGCACGCUGGAACGGUUCCGCUCCCACAGUGAACUUGAAGAGACGAUUUUGGACGAUGAAGAUGAACGUUUGUUUAGGGGCGCCCGAGCACUCGAAUUUGGCGAUUGGAAUUACCCGGUUAUUACGGCAAAUGAGGUACCGAGAGAUCAACGUUUGUAUGGCGCCAGGAUCGGUACAAGCGUCCCAUCAUCGAAACCCGUGAAAAAAGCCCGUAAGCACCGGAAAAGCCGCGCGGUGGACAGCGAGGGUAAGCGUCGGAGUAGUCAUACUAGCUCUCACUCAUCUCCGAAAGGGGGCCCAGGCAAGUCAGAGGCAAUACAGCAAGUGAACUCUUCCGCUUCCCACAACUCUCGUCGUAGUCAGCUGGUGGAUCUCGUGGUUGAAGAUCGAAAAACGGAGGAGCGGGAGCGGAAUCAGGUUCAGAAAGAACGUGGCUCCGUCUGGGCUGAUCCCGGAGAGAGGCAUUUUCAGAGACCAUCUGGCGAACCAAUCGAACCCUCUGCUGGUCAGCGACAGGAAAUCGAACGGUCGGCCAUUGAAGAUGCUGAGCGUGUUCGAGAACACGAAGAACCUGAGAAUGCGACCGAGAAUCCCCAAACGCCCAUUUGGUCUUAUGGGGGAUUGGAAGAAAAUGUCUGGAACAAAUAG